AUGGAUGCUUCUUUCGUCGCCAGCGAAACUUCGUCGGCCGAACCCGAAGACAUUGAGGUUGAUGCAGACGCAUCGAGGAUCAUCAUCCCACAGAAAGCCGAGCCAGAUAUACGAAUCAAUAACGAAGAUUCUUGGAGUCGAUUCGACGCUCUCAUAGAUCAGAAGGACCCUCAGAGUCAUGAAUUUGUUGUCAGAAACCACCAUGUAUUCUCACAUGAUACAUACAUCCUCCCCACGCUACGACCCUUUCUUGAAAAACUCAUCAAAACCCGAAGUCACCCAACAAAAGGCUUCUGGUCUCGCAUCCGCGAUACGACUAGUCUAUCGUUUCGCAAAAUCUGUACGAAAUGGAUAGGCUCGCGGGUGUCAACGACCGCUCGUAAGGAACCUGGAGUGCUGCAAUGGCCCAAUGACGUGCCUGAUGGUCGAUACCUUCUUGUCAGUUCAAAUCCAGAGGGCGAUGAUGAGGGCUACGAAUAUGGUGCUAUAAGUAUAAUACUUAUCAACGAGGAAAUGGGUCGCUUGCGCUAA